AUGGAUACCAUACCAGAGGAAGCAAAUUUUCGUGAUCACCUGCUGGACGAAGAUCAUGGGCUAUGUGUUUACAUUGCCACCAUUUGUAAGACACGCUUUGUUAUACUGCAGAACGAAAUCACCGAUACUGGGCAGUUUUUUCUUGAACUUGAGCAUAUUCAAGAUGAAGCAGAAAGAGAUGUUUCUGUUCGAUAUUUCUUGGAUGAAAAAUCUUUGUCAAAAAUUAUAUCAUCUAUGGAUACAGAAUACGAUCGCAUGGCUCUUAAAGAAGUGAUAUUUGCAGUACACUCUAGGACUGAAACUUACAACCUUGGUAUCAAACCAGACAGGGCCGUAACAUUCCUUUCUAAAGUACUUUUUGCAUGCGAGGAAAGUGAGAAGACAUUACAAGAAGCAGCAGACGUUCUUCAAGUCAGAACAUGUGAUAGAAUUAAGAAACUGGAAAACAAAGUUCAAAGUAUUGAUCAAAAAAUUGAAAAACAAGAGCAUUUUCUCUCAGAAAAGAGGAGGACUGAUCUUGAAGGAGAAAAAGAUGCACUCAAUGAACGGUUGGAUAAUCUAAAAACACUAAGAAUGAAUGAUGAAAGAGCGGGCAGAAGAGUGAAACAAGCAAGGAAACGAAUUGCCAAUCAGCUUUUGAAUUCACGUGGAAUUAAAAGACGAAAACUUGGCGCAGGUCUGCCCUCCUUACUGGACGAAGAAGAUGAAGAAUUUAUUGCAAAGGCAAUUGAAAGUAAAAGUACAUGCCAUGGACGGCGUCAUGAAACAACACUCUUCACACACCACAGAGUGAAAAAGAGGCACUUUCUUUCACUUGCGCACCACUCUUUAUUAAAAAGAGGCAAGAAACUAAUCACAUCUGCUACAACAGUGACUAAUAGAGGGAAACCAAGAAAUAUUAAAUCAGUGGCUGCAAAGGCUCAUCAUGGAAAGUGACUAUGGUGUGCAAAAAAGCCUCGCAAGACUGAAGAAAGUGAGACUGUGUCAACACAUCAUCAGCGCACACAUAUCCGAAAUGCAAAGUUCAGCAUGUUUGCUAAGGAGCAAGAGAAACAUAGUGUUGUAAUAAGUAUGGAUGACAAAGCAUACCUAUGACCUGGUACUGAUGUUGGUGCAAGGGAUACAAAAGCUGGUGUUGUGUAUGAUGUUGCUGAUCCUAAUAAAAGACGAAAACUACCCCAGCAUGAUUUCAAUCAACCACAAGUGAAUCAAACACCAGUAUCAUUCCGUUUCAUUAAAGGACAUGUAGAGGAAAUUGAAGGCAAGAACAAUUUGAUAAAUGACAAAGACCAGACUGUUGUAAUUAUUCGACCAAAGUACUACAUUGGUAGGUCUGGUAGUGUCUGGGCCUCAGAUUAUCUCACAUUAUGCCACAAACAUCCAUCACUAUUUCAAGAGUCUGGAUUGAAUCCAUGCAGCAAUGAGUUAAACAAAUAUGUCUGUCAUAUUCAUGAUAUCAUGUUCUAUUUUGUGGAUCUCACAAUGAUGGAAGACGUGCAAAAUGCAACCACAAAACCUCACUGUCAGCAUAGGCAAUAUGAAGAAGAAAAGUUACAUUGGCUGGUGCAACAAAGUCAAGAUGCAGUCCUUGAGAAGGAAGGAAUUCUACUAGAUUCUGAAAGAGAAAUUGCAAAUGAACUUGAAAACGAUAUUCAUGGAAUUCAAGACAAAGCACAGUUUUGUAAACAGAAUUGCUGUGAAUUGAUCAGAAAGAAAGAACUUUGGGAGAAACUGUUCAGAGAAACUGUUCAGAGAUCCUUCUUCAAAUUGAAAUGUUGCAGCUUCCACCAAUGUGUUGUGAUGUGCUCAAAGCCACUGAUGCAGGACCAGGAGUUGGAGUGUCAAAUAUAGAAGUCCGCUUCAGAGAUGUUGAAACAGCAAGAAUGCACUCCUCAGAUCGUGUAAAUCGUAUUCACCGGGCCCCUGGAGACUCUGGACAGAACAAAGCCGAGAGAUCAAAUGCAGCAAUCGGAGAUGCUUUGGUGGAUGGAGGGUCACUAAAAUGGCAGUAUUAUGGGCCUUUUGAUGGCCUUGCUGAAGACGAAAUUGAUAAACUUUCAAUUUCAGAAGUCAAGAAAAGGGAGGAGGAAUGCAUGGAGAAAAAUGCCUGGAGAGUAUCUGACGAAAUUAAGCAAGUCAUCGAUGAUGAACCAGGUCCUGCUGGCGAUUUCAUGAAAUGCUCUGUCACCACUAGUAAAGAAAUGCAGUUCCUUUUCCAUUCAGCAUACCUGAUGAAAUAUUCCACUGCCAAGUCAGAAGUGAGGAGGAAAUCAAUCCCUGGAAAUACCUACUUCAGCAAAAUCAAUGCUUUCAUGGUUGCUCAUUGUGACAUUGGUGAAAUGUAUUUUGAGUAUUUGAAAGGGUCUUGUGAAGCGAAAAGCGGCAAAAGAUGCAAUUAUUGCAUUUCUCAUGACUUUUGCUGCUCUUCCAUUACUCGUGCCGCAAGGCCUUAUCCUAAUUUGAAAAUUUCUGGCUUCCAUUACCUCGCUGCAAAAGAUGCCCCUACUGCUGAAAGAAGUGUUGAUGACUAUCAUCCAAGGGUGCAGUUGAAAAAGACCUUUGCUCAAAACAAAGAUUACUUUGAUGAGCCAAACCAUAUUGAACAAUUUUCAAAGAAAUUUGUGGUAGCAGAAGCAGCUGUUCGGAAAUAUGUGGAUCAUAUGAAGCUUUUGGAGUUAAAGCAUUAA